UAAUUCAUAUAUAUACCAAUUAAAAAAGUAAAUAUUAAAUCCAGCGGGUAAUUUGUAUGAUCCCAUGUCCAGCUUCGGAAACUUACAUAGGAAGUAUAUUGUCCCAUUUCCCAAACUCUCUCUAUUGUCACCCAGAUAUUCCAGCUCCAUAUCAAUACUUGUAGUGCACCUAAAUUAAUACUGGAAUUAUCAUAGUCAAUUAAUCAUAAUCGGCAACAGCGACUGACGGUGAGGAAAUCGGGAUGUGGGUGCAGCUGAUUUGUGGUCUAGUCGUUUACAGAGUGGUUAAGCGCUUCUUUUACGACGACGACCUUCUCGACACCGAAACCUCUGAUUUCAAUGCCCUCUUUUCCGUUGCACAAAGACUUGAGAAGAUUUAUGGUGGUAAGGUUUAUGUUGGGCUUCAAAUUCCUGACGCUGAUUCUGGUUCUCGGCAAAGUAUUGAUAUAGUUCUCGUCACACAGCGGGAAGCAGUAGUAAUCUGUGUAAAGAAUGUCUCGGGAUUUGUGGCCGUUGAUAAGGAUGGGAGAUGGGUUUGCGCUGGAGGGCAUAAACACAAGACCCAGCAUAUCUCAGAUCCUGUAGCAGAGGCAGCACGAUUAGUUCCCAUUCUUGAAUCUUAUCUCGAACAAAGAGGGGUUGCUCUUCCUGAAGGAUACUUGUCUUCUAAAGUUAUAUGUUCAGACCCCAAUUUCAGUGCCAUUAACUCGGCCUCUUUUCCGCCAGAGGUCAUAACAUAUGACCAGUGGAUGCAACUAAAACCAGAAUAUAAAAACAUGCUUUCUGGUUGGAUUAAAGGUGCAUUUCAUAGUGGGAAGAAGGAAAUGCAGGAAUCAAUAAAUGAGAAGCUUAACUUUGUUCUUAAUACAGCUCCGACAUCGGAUAGAUUAGAGCUUAAAGGUAAUAAAUGUCUCCUUGGAGAGUUUCUGGAGUUCAAAGGAAACAGAGAAGAUGUUCUGGAAAUGAGAAGUAUCAGGAGAUCAAAAGUUAGUAGAUUAGAGAUCCAGAAAACGAGCAUGUUUGGUUUGGCUCAUUCAAAGCUCAAAGUUCUAUACUGCCCCCGAGUUUAUCGGGGGGAAGGAGUAUCAGCUUCUGAAUGGAAGGAAGUCACUGUUCGAUCCAGCACAGAAGUGAAAUUUCAAACCCAAGGUUCAACUGAACCACCCAAAUAUAAGUUGUCCUCUGUCAUUUCCAUGUCACUGAGUGCCUGAGGUUAGCUGUUGUGAGUAUAAAUACUCAUAAUUCUCGAGAUGGAGCAAUGGUUUUAUAAACUGUAUAAACUAUAGUUUAUUUUUCCUUCCCAAGUUUUAAGCUGAUAUGCAUAUUAAGUCAACUGUUCAUGUCCCAUCGAGAAUGGCAAUUUCAUGAUCCUCCGUGUCAAAGUCAAUGUGCAAUGUCGCUAUUGCGCCCAUGCCAUAAGGUCUUUUCCCAUACGUGGUGUACUAACUCCCGAAAGUAGUGGAAAGAGUGGAGCUUGGAUAUGACAGCGGAAACAAAUCCAAUCCAAGACUUGAAGUUUAUGGGUUCCUAUGGCAUGGCAGUUACUAUAUAAUAAUAAUUGUGUUUACAAUCAAAUAUUUUUAGAUAUUUAGGUGAUUUCUUGAUACAUAUACAGAGUCUAAGGCUCUAAGCAAAAGUUACUGGGAUUCGAUGAACCCAUAGAUUAUGCUCUAGAUCCGCCGGUGUAUUCCAUGUAUAACUUAUAGAACUUCCUUUAUGAUGUAAAUGCACUAUCUAGCCUUCUCCACUCGUUUUAAUAGAAUGUUGCAAGUGAAUUGUGUGCCUA